AUAGUUUGAGCUUAGUUGAACAUUACACUUUUCACAAGUAACACAUAGUAUUCUUUUAAUCAGGUUCCAUUCAAAAAAGUUUUCAUUGCCAGUAUAAGUGUAUUCUCAAUAAGAUUGAAUAGUAUUAUUUUAUCGGUAAAAUACAAAAAUUAAAACAUAAAUUUUUAAAAAUUAUACUUAAUAAUAUAAAGGCAAAUAUGGGAAUAUUAACUCCUUAUUUUGGUCUGGAUGGACUAAUUCUGAUUCUUUCGGCGAUUACAGCAGCGUAUGUUUAUAUGACUCGAAACUUUAAUUAUUGGAAGAAAAGAGGAGUUGUGGAAGUUCAGCCUACUGCUUUUAUAGGAAAUUUUGGUGAUUGUUUAUUUUUGAGAAAAUCGCCGGGACAAUUUCUUAAAGACAUUUACGAUAUGGGUAAAAAUACUCCCUAUGUGGGUUUAUUUGUAUUUGAUAAACCCUUUCUGCUGCUUCGAGAUCCUCAAGUAAUCAAGCGAGUCCUCGUGAAGGACUUUAAUUACUUUAAUGACAGAUAUGUCCGAGUGAGCGAAGAAGAUAAACUCGGCAAUUCAAAUCUCUUUAUAAUUAAGAACCCGGAUUGGAAAACGCUCAGGGCAAAACUGUCUCCAAUCUUCACCUCUUUGAGACUUAAGAAAAUGUUUGAACUCAUGGUGGAAGUUGGAAAGGAUCUUGAUACGUAUUUACAAACUGAAGGAUUAGAAGGCGUUGGUCGUUCGUUGGAGAUGAAAGAAAUCUGCGCCAAAUUCACGACAGACUUGAUUGGUUCCACCGCCUAUGGAUUAAAAGUUAAUUCCUUAAAUAACCCAGACGCUGAAUUUCGAAAAUGUGGAAGAAAAAUUUUUACCUAUAAUAUUCGUCGUGCGGUUGAAUUAACGUCAAUUUUCUUUAAGCCCGAAAUAGUCAAGCCCUUGGGUUUCAAAUUUUUUGAAAAGGAAAGUACCGAAUUUUUAAGAAACGUUUUCUGGAAUACAAUAAACCAAAGGAUGGAGUCAGGAAUAAAACGGAAUGAUCUGAUUGACUUAUUAAUUGAAUUGAAAAAGAAUCAAGAAAAUAAUCCAGAACAAAAUGGUUUCAAUUUUGAUGGCGACAAUUUAGUUGCUCAAGCUGCUAUCUUCUUUACCGCUGGCUAUGAAACUUCGGCAACCACAAUGUCUUUCACUUUAUAUGAAUUAGCUAAAAAUCCUGAUUUUCAAAAGAGACUGAGAGUAGAGAUAUUGGAUGCAAUUAAAAAUAAUGGAGGAGAAAUAACAUAUAAUAUGUUAGUGAUUCUCCCUUAUUUGGACAGUGUAGUUUCGGAAACUCUAAGAAUGUAUCCGCCAGCAACAUUUUUAGACCGAGUAGCUAUGCAAGAUUAUAGAAUUCCAGCGACAGAAUUAAUAAUAGAAAAAGGAACUCCGAUUUUUAUACCAUUAUAUGGAUUUCAUUAUGACCCAGAAUAUUUUCAUAAUCCAGAAAUAUAUAAUCCAGAAAGAUUUUCGGAAGAAAAUAAAAAGUCUAUAACUCCUUUUACUUACCUACCAUUUGGAGAUGGUCCUCAUGUCUGCAUUGGUACGAUCAUACAAUAAUAUUGUUCGGUGAUUUAAAUGAAAAGGUCUAAAGGCGAUUAUCACACGCAUCACCGGACAUUCUUCCUACGACCGCAGUACCACGCACUUCAUUCACACUAUUAGCA